AUGUUGAACGGAGACCCCAUUCACAAGCAAGUGUUGGCUGCUACCAUAGGUACUGCAGCUGCGGUCCGCAAGUGUAUGCUCAUCUUACUCGAGGGCAGAGGUGCCCUGUGCCACGGUAUCAGCAAAGAGCAGUUUGCAGAAUCGCACGCUGACCUCGCAAAAGACAACCUAGUCUAUGUCAUCGAGAAAAAGCUCACCCUCCCCGUCGACACCGCCAAGUUCCGUCUCGUCUUGUUGAACGAUCCGCAUUUCACACUCAAUUGGUGUAUUGUUCUCCUCUAUGGCGAGGAGAUCGUUUUGAAAGGCGAGGAGAGUUCGGACGCAUCCAAUAGCUGGAAUGGGUUGUUGAAGGCAAGUGGCUGGUACAUACACACUCGUCUCCUCGACUAG